UGGAGCUGCACUCUCUGCUGGACUGACGGUAUCUUCAGACAUGCAUCAGGUGAGCGGCCACCAUCAGCCUCCUACACAGAGUUCCGCCAUACAUGCAGCAGGCAUCGUUUAGAAGGUGGGAAUGGUGACACUUGCGACAGGUGUGAGAGCCUCCUCCUCUUCCUCUACAUCUACAGUCUCAGCGGAGGCUUCCAGGACACGACUGUCAGGCGGCAGUCACCCGAGUAUUGAUUAGUCACGGACGGACGUAGCAGGAUUCUAGCAGAGGGAGGGAGAAAGAGCAGUGUCAGUAUUGCAACACUGUGGCACUAGGGGACAGCUACCUGGCUGUUCGCUUCAUCUCAGUCUGACGCUGCGUCCGAGCCGUCUAUGAGCAGCCUGGCCACUGCCAGCUCACCAUCCUCUGGCUGGCUUAGUAUUGGUGAAUGGCGCUGUAGCAGCGGAGAUGUACGGGUAAAGCUGUCAGCUGACUCUGAGAGAUGCAUGUGGAGUAAAUCCGACUGAGAUAGCUGGCAUGGGUAAUCUGUGGUCGGGAUAACUGUUUACAGCUGUGAGAUGUGAGGGGUCCUCAUGGACUGUCCAGCGGCCAACGUGGUCAUUAUGGGGACUGCUCGUGUUUAAUGUUAUCCAUCACCUGUACAUGACGUCCUUUUAAUUCUCACUGACUCUAUUAGUAGUGGUAGUUUGUAGGUGUUGUUGAUGAAACCAGGGACAAACAAAUUAUUACCAAUUGGCAUCAAGUUUGCACAAAUUGUCACAGAAGCAAUGGAGGAAAUAGUGACCAAGCUUAUCAUCUGAGGCAAGAUUUCUUUACCUGAAGCUAACAUUUGUAAGCUUCACAUACGGCUUCUGUUUGGGAUGAUCUUUGGGCUGCUUCAGCAGUAAUAGCAGUUUGGAUACACGGAUGUACGGACUGGCAGACUGUUCAUGUCAUAUGGUGUGUUAGUGUUGCUUCUCUUCGACCGUGUGCAGCGACACUGUUGACCUCCAGCAAAUGAUCUGGUCCAUCUCGUCGUCACCACCAUGGGUAAUAUAUACGACAAGGUCCAACUUGGAGAUCAUGACAUUGAUGACCUGGAAAUGCAGGUGGUGCGUUACAAGCCAGAGGGGAUUGACGUCCUCUGCCGCAACACCAAGUUCACACGCAAGGAACUACAGAUAAUGUACAGGGGAUUCAAGCAGGAAUGUCCCACAGGGAUUGUCAAUGAGGAGACGUUCAAGGAGAUAUAUGCUCAGUUCUUCCCUCAGGGAGACUCCAGUGAUUAUGCCCAUUAUGUCUUCAAAACAUUUGACCAUGACAACAAUGGCUCAAUCAGCUUCGAGGAGUUUGUGAUGGGUCUCUCAGUGUUGUCAAGAGGCACCCUGCAAGAGCGGUUACAGUGGGCCUUCAAUCUGUACGACAUUAAUGGCGAUGGCAUUAUCACGAAAGACGAAAUGUUAGACAUUGUGUCCGCCAUCUACGAAAUGAUGGGGCGGUACACGGAACCAGUUGUGGAUGAAACAUCAGCCAAGGAACAUGUAGAACGGGUAUUCCAGAAAAUGGACAUGAACCGAGACGGUGUUAUAUCCUUAGAAGAGUUUAUGGAUACUUGUCGAAGGGACGAGAACAUAACGAAAGGAAUGGCAAUAUUUGACACAGUUCUUUGACAAUUACCGAACAGUCCUAAUGGUGGUGGAAGUGGCAGCAAGUUGUUUGAGCAACGUCUGGCUAUUGAGGAGAAGCUACGACUUGAUACCAUGGACCUCCUGUACAUAGACCUGUAGCCCCACUUCCACUGUUGCCACCGAUACCCCUUGUAGGGGCUGCAACACCCCCACCAUCAUGCUCAAAGCUGGCCCUUUGUCCCCGUUAAGGACUAUCCCCCGUCUGAUUCCCAGGAGAGGAGGUUCCCUUGUACUCCCUGCAGGGAAUGUUGAGCAGACAAUAGUAGACUCCAGUAUAUUUAUCAUUUUACAUUCUUAUGGAUGGUCCAUAAUGUGGUCGUUCGUCAUUUGGAUCCAACCUUUUAUUCUGCACUCGCAUGGAUUUACCUUACAUACUAAUGGCCAUCUGAUGACUAGUGUAUCUUUGAUUAGCGUCUGCAGAUCUCAUCCAGUUGUAUUCAGGAGUAGGUGCAGGAUACAGGCGAAGGAAACAGCAUCAUGGGACAUGAGGCAAGGAGAUUCAGAAGUGGAAUACAAGAUUGAUGAAUCAAUAUAUUCCAGGAGCUGGUGAAUAUUAAUUAUGGUGGAUGUGUUGUUGUUACCCAGUUGAAUGUGAUAAAGAUUUCCUGAAAAACAGAUCCACCAGCAAGACUACCUCUGGUGUCUGCAUCAACAGAUGUCUGCUGUGAUUGCGUCUGCUCCAAUAGACAUCUGCUGUGAAUGACGUCUGCUCCAACAGACAUCUGCUGUGAUAGCGUCUGCUCCAACAGACAUCUGCUGUGAAUGACGUCUGCUCCAACAGACAUCUGCUGUGAAUGACGUCUGCUCCAACAGACAUCUGCUGUGAUUGGCGUCUGCUCUGAUGGAUGUCUGUUCCUGAUGUAGUAUAGCCACUCAUGACUCAUUCCAAGAGAGGAGCUGACCAGCCCCUUAAACAAACAUAACAGUGUAGCAGUAAGUUCAGUGACAAGAACUGGUCACGCCUGGAACGCUGUCCAGGAGGUUUGUGCGUGUUAAGGAACGAUUUCAGACUGGUUCAAAAGAUCUUUACUGCCAGUGCUUCUCUCAGAGACAUUCAGUCCAUGUUGAGGUUUUGACAUUAUUGUUGGGGGGGAUGACUUGUGUGUGUUUCAAACUGAAUGGGAUACAUAUAUGUACACUUUUUUACCUUGUACAAGUUAUUAAUUAACAGUAUGGAUAUUGGAGAACUACUCUCUGAUACCAGUGUAUGUCAUAUGUAAUCUGACAACUCAUCACAGCACAAUAUGCCCUUACUCUGUUGUCCUCUGUAGUCUGUCACUUGCCAGCAGCCAUGUUGUUCCUGUCGUCAUGGGGACCAGACUAGCAGAUAGUACCAAAUGGAAAUCCCACAUAUGAUCUUUGUGUAAUCUUACAGUAUGGUUAAGACUUGUAAUAUCCAUAGCGAAACGGAAAGUGUUGGUAUUUCUUGUUGAAAUGAAUCUUGAGAAGAUUAAAAGUUAAGUCUUCUAGUUCUUCAGAGACAAUUGUCUGCAAACUGAAGAAAAUUAAAGAUGUUGUUAAGUUUACUAUUCCAAUAUGAAUAGAUUACAUCAGAAACAAGUGAGGGUACAGUUUCUCAGUAAACAUUGUCCUGUUAUGUAUGUUUAUAUUUGAAAAGAUCCUUUGAUCAACAUACAUACGUGAAACAUUUUUGGUGUAAAAUGCAAAAUAGCAUUUAUUUGCAAUAAGGGUAAGCAUGCCCAUUUGGCUUGUAAAAUACUGAUAAAUGGAACUGAUUCCAUUGUCUAUAUCACUUCCUGUCACAUCACAGCCAGAAAAUCCCUCUCCAUGCAGACAAGGAUGGAUUUCUUGCCCUCGUGUAAAUUGUUUUACAAAACCUGUGGAAACUAAAGAUAUUUCUGAAUCUGAUGCAGUAUGAAGCAUGAAAAUGUGAGUUUAUUGUUAAUGCACAGAGAUGUAUAAACGCUAAACUAAUGACAAAAUGUUAUGUCAAUAUGUGUGUCUAUCAGAGUAUUUUUAAAAUAUAUUUUAGAGUUUAAGUAUGUUGCAGAGUUUAUAUGAGUUAAUGGUGUAUAAGAAAAGGUUUUACUGGACGAUAUUAACCAUUUGCAGAGUUUGUAGAGACCAGUUUGUCAUACCUUACUGACAUUCCCACCACGUUUCCCUAAUGGCAGUGGCUGCUCCAGACACCCUGAAUCCUCUAGGACUACCGGGUACCCAGUUAUCUGCUGCUUCUAUGAUCAUUAACUCAGGUGCCAGUGAACUGUAUUUCAGAAAUAUGAGAGUGUUCAAUCUCUUGAUGACAAACAUGCCUCUCUGAUAGCUUUGACACACUGUAUAUAAAUCUACAAAUAUGUGUUAGACACAAACGAUAGAAUGUAUGUUUCUCAAAUUUAUGUCAAAUUCUAAGAUUUAAUGAUAUGAAGAGUUGAAGUAUGGUUAAUGUGUGUUAAUAUAUAAUGAUGUUAAUGCUUAAAAAAUGUUGGUAUUAAGUUCAAUUUAAUAAAAAUGAAGUUGAUUAAGAAGAAAAUAUUUUUUUCAGAUAAACCAAUUCACUGCUCUCGCUGCAGCUCAAUAUGGUAUUUUCCUUUAAACAGCUGGAUAGUUAGAUGUUUGUCAUAGGAGGUUGCUCAAGUAAUGCAGGAGGAGAUUGUGUCAGUGAAGUGGAUCAAAUAAAGAGUAUUAGUAUGUUUAUCAUUACUAUGGUUCGUACAAUAGAUCAGUCAUUGUCUGUGAUAGCCGAGAUUGUCCAGAGUAUGGUCUGAAUUAUUGCAGAUUGUAGCUGUGGAGAAAUAUUCCUUAUUAAUUACUUGGUUUACAGAUCUUACCACAAUGAUCAAAUUAUUUGCUGAAUAAGUGUCUUUUUUUCUCUUCUAGAUGGAUAUGUAAACAGAUUUUCGUUAUGAACAGAAAAUGUACAAACUUAGGGGUGAAACGAUAUACCCCGGUAUUAGUAGAACCAAGGUAUUUUGCCUUUGGUUCAAUAUACUGUAAUGCAAUCCAAAAGUUCGGUAUUUUUGGUUUUCGUACCAUCAUUUCGUUAACCUUUUUAAACUUUUUUUAAAAUGUCUAGCAAUCGAACCAUUUUGUCAAAAUCGGUCUAGGUUUGGCUCUUGUCAGUUCUCUGCACUAUGAUCAUAUCUCAUAUACCGAACCGAAAUGGACUGAACCGAAGGCCUUGUACAGCAAUACGUACCGUAUCAUGGUAGGAGCGUACCGUUUCACCCCUAUACAAACUGUGACAGUAUUGGAAGAACAGAAACCUUUGAUUUAGACCCACACUCGAAAUGUUACAAGUUCCUAAUUUCACAACCAUUGCAUUGCUUGUUUUGUAUGAGAACUGUAAACCAAGUGAUUCAGUGACCAGAGUUACUAUGUCGUUCAGGGGAUAUAAUCAUCCUAUUUCCUGAGAUCCACUGAGUAAUGUAGACUGUAGUUGUGGUGGCAUGGUGUUUAUUUUUGUUGGUUUAUGUGGAGAAGGUGUAUUGUCAGAGUGGACUUUGAAGGUACUGUAACAUUUUCAAACUUCCCAUGAAAAUGUCUUGACAUAUAGAUCUAUUUAAUAGUUUGAGGUUAACACAUUCAGAUUUGUGAAUAUUUCUAAGAGCUUUUAUGGAUCUGGUAUUUCUCCUUUGACAUCGAAGCUGCCCUUGUUAAACACUGUGAGCAGUACAGUCCCAUUGUGUAUAUUGCCCAUACCCGUGACCACCACAGUAUAUUAUGUAUCUUGGAACAUCAACAGUACCAAGUUCCAAGGUUUUAGAUUUCAACUUUUUCUAACUUCAUAAUGAUCUAGUCAUCACUUGCUGUAACAUAAUGCUAAUGGUGUAUUUUACCACAUUUAUAUAAACUCACGUUUACACGACGUUCCGUGCACCACCGUGUCUCCAAUAUAUCCUUCCUUCACAAACUGCCCUUUAUCACCAUAGUAACAUUCAUUGUAUAUAUUUUCUGUGCUCUACUGUCUAUACACUGCUCAAUGCCCUCUGCUCUGUGCUCUCUAAUAUGACUGAACACUCUAUAUAACCUUAAUGCUGAACAUGCAUUGUGUCUUGUUCUCAAAGCCCUAUGCUCUGUGCUCUUCAGAAGGUCAAUGCUGUGCUCUCUAUUCUGUAUUCUAUUAUAUGAAGUAUGUAGUUCAUGCUCUGUGCUGGAAGGCAUGGUUUCAAUUCUGUACAGUGCAUCUCACUUAGUGAGUCUGUAUUCUAUACUAUUUGGCUGUAUCUCUCAUAGACUCUAUGCUGUAAAUGCAUCAUUUCCUAUACUCAGUGCUAUUCAUGGACAUCUACAUACUUGGUGAUCCCCAUUGAAGGCUCUGUAGAUCCUAUGCUAAAAGGAUUAUAUAUCAUGCAGUGCUCAGAUCCUAUGGCAUAAGUUUGCCAUAGGCAAUGCUCUAUAGAUGUCAUGGUAUAACAUUAAUACUACCCAGUUAAUACUCUAUAGAUCCUAUGGCAUAACAUCUAUAUACCAUAAGCAGUGCCAUAAUGCAUUUAGUGUCUUUAAUGCUCAGUAUUCUUCACAGAGCUUUCUUAGUUUGAAAACUGUGAAAACUUCAUCAGGAGACAGUACCUACAGUUUUUCAGGACUAGAGCACACUCACAGAGCAAAAUUUGAAAGUCUUAUUUUCUGUUUCCUGUUUGCUAUUUAUUCUUACAGCAGCAUAUGCCUGAAUCAGACAUGUUACAUUCUGUCUCCUCUGUUGUGGAUGUUUGCUUUGUGUUUUCUUGUUGUGGGGCAGGGGAGGUCAGAAGCAGCACACUGUGUAGAGAUGCAUCCCUUAGCCAUGCCAAAAUCUGCAGAUCCUGGGUUUGAAGAUCAGCUUCUAUCUGUUUAUGAUCUGUGAUCUGUCAGACAUAAACCAAUGCCUGUAUGUUUCUAAGAUCUUAUUCACUUUGGCCUUUCCUCCUUUUCUAAAUUUUGACUUGUAUAACUGAAGUAUAGUUCUUACUUGUACCCAUUUCUCACAAUUUAUAUUUAUAUUUUGGUUAAGAGGGUUGUAUUUUCCUUUCACAUAUCUGUCGCCAUCUUCCAAAAAAUCUUUGGGCCAGCUUUUCUUGCUCCUGUUUGUAGGUGAAGGUCACUGACUAGCAGUAAUUUUGAACCAAUGUGAUGUGCUCCAGGACCAAUUCAUCACUCCAUUCAAAUCCCUGUCUUAACUUAUCAAGAGAAAUCAUGGGGAGACUUUCUUGUACAAUGAUGCAAAUAUUGACAAGGAUUGAGAAAGAUUCUGUCUCUAAUUGUCUAAUAUUGACUCUUGUCUUUUCAAUUCCCGUUUAGUUAAUAUCAGAUCAGUGUUAUUGGAUAGUACUUUUUCCUGUAUGCUUUCACUACGAGUACUGCUUUUCAAUCUCCACAGUGACUUACAGAUGGCUUCCAAGCUCUCCAGUAAAUAUCUUCCCACUGCUUGGAUCCCUGAUUCCACUCCAUCACUCCAGCAGGUUGAGUUCCGCUCAAUGUGGAUGCCUCAGACCUCACUAUGCACUAACAUCACUUCUCCACCCUAGCUUCAAAUAUUUUGACAUUUUUCCAUUGAUUUGUCAAGAUAUUAAAUUAAACAAAUAAAAUGUUGAAUUUUACACAUUGAA